UUUCGAGUUUUUCCAAUAGUCUCAAGUGCACAAAGAUGGCCGACGAUCCCACAGAGGAGGCACCACCUGCGCCAUCGGCAGCUCCUGAUGAGGAGGCAGCAGCUGUAGAUGAGGCAGUUGCUUUGGUCACUACAACCGUUGUGGAGGAGGGAGCAGAAAUCCCUGGUGAGGGCGGCGAUCAGGCAGCCGCUGAAGAAGGAGCCGAAGGAGAAGGACAGACCGAAGUGCCGAACGAGGAUGAGAUGCCAAAGGAGGAACUGGGAUCUCAGAUGAAACCGAAGGGCCUCAUAACCGCCGAAGAUCGAAAGCGCGAAAAGCUCUUGAAGCUGAAAGCAAUGCUCGCCCAGCGAAAGGAGGAGGAGGCACAGGUCGUGCAAGCUGCUCCGAUUCCGGAAAAACCAGAAAAACAUCAAAAGGUUCAGGAUAAGGUGCCGGAUCAAGAUGGGGAUCAAGUUGACGGUGAUGAGGCCAAGGAGGUGAGCCCAAGGGAAUCGGUUCAGACCUACCAGUCAUUGCACUACGAUGGCGAAGAGUCCGAUGAGGAACUGGCUGAUGAUGAGGAUUUGAAGGCCAUUCUAAACCAAAAGGUCCCUUCUCCGGAGGAUAAAGACAGCGUUUUUGAGGAUGACGAUCUGGAGUCGGUCAUCAGCGAGGACACGCCCCUGCCCAGAUUGGGCAAGUCCCUGAAGGGUGAGUUCAUCCGCGAGUUCGACAGCCUGCCCAGCAUCUCGGACAUAUCGCUCACUUCGGAGGAGGAGCCUGAGCCCGAACCGGAAGUUGUGGCCGAGAAGAAGUCCCUGACCAUAGACACUGGUCACUUUGUGGAAGGAGGCACCGAGGGCUCGGGAGAAGGCGAGUCGGAGUCCAACUCCGAUCGGGAUGCUAGCACUGCGGCCAUAACAGUGGCUGAGGCCGAGGAAGAUGAGGAGUCCGUGCUAAUGGACGACCUGCCGGACGAAUUAGCGCCGGUGGAGAAGCAAGUGGGCUUCGGCGAGGAGGUGGACACCAUGGCCAUGUUCGCCGUGGCCGUGGACGCGGACACCGGACCCGCCGAGGAACUUUCAGUGCCGGUAGAGGAACCCUUUUGGUAUCGCCUCACCCACGACUUCCUCAACAAUCUGAUCAACACCGUGGUGGCCGUGGUGGAGAACGCCGACCGGAACAAGGAGCACCUGCUGGACAAGGGCAAGAUGAUGGUGCAACUGCAGAGCCUGGUGGACGAGUACAACCUGGAGAAGUACCAGAACUCGCUGGUGAACAACAUCGUGUGCGACUACUUCCGGCGCAUCCGCAAGUUCAACAACUUUCAGGCACUGCCUCCGGACGACGUCCGUGGCGAGUUGAACCGCUACAUGAACGCCCUCAACGUCGUCGACAACCUGAUGGAGCGGGUGAAGAUGAUUAAGAUCAAGUACGGCCACUCCACCUCCCGGGCCAUGAUGGAGCUCAACUCGCUGUCCCUGCUGGCCUUCAACGAGGAGCAGCGCCUGGGCAGCUUCAUGCACAAGACCCUCGUCCGCAAGGACAUGGACCGGCUGAAGCGCGCCCUGGACAACGAUCUGCGUCGCAUGCAGGACCUGCGCAACCAGAUCAGCGAGAAGCGCUACGAGCUCAAUCUGAACCUGCACAACCUGGCUUUUGUGGAUGAGAAAGUAAUGAAAUUUGAGAGGGUCACUGAGACUUUGACCAUUUCUCAGAUGAUGUGCGCCAACGAGUCCAUCAUUCAACUAAGCAAGCAAUUAGAGGAAAAGUGCAAGGAUGUGGCGGUCAUGCAGAUGAACUACAAGAAGUCGAUGAUCGAGGAGACGUGCGUCCGGGAGAAGCGGGACAUGAUCGCCUAUAUGCUGUCCAAGGCCAAGAACGAGUACGCCGAUCGGUUCGAGCGGCGGAACAGUCUGCGCAAGGAGCUGACCAGGCUCCAGUUGGAGCACGCCAAGCUGAAGGCCAAGCGGGCCAAGCUGGAGGCCAAGGGCGGCCUGCUCUUCAAGACGGGCCUGAUGUACGACUACGACAAGUGCAUGGCCGAUAUAGAGACCCGUCGCACCAACAUCCAGGCCAUGAAGAAGACCUGCUUCGAGCUCAGUAAACGCAUCUAUGCGGUGGAGCAUGCCAAGCACGAGUCCAGCAUUUCGGUGCGCCACCUCAAUUUAUAGCAUUGAAUUUGUAGUUUUCUAUUUUCCCUAAUAUCUCUAAUAAAUUUGAGUGAUUAUUCUUUAA